CGCACCUUGGUGACGAGGUACGCAAACACUAGUGACGACGUACGCACGUUGCUUAUUGGUCAGUGUGUCAGCUCUGUUGUUGUUAUAAAGACGCUCCGAGGUGAGUACAAUGGAACGUUGAAAAUAAACGCGACAUAAUUUAAAUAGUCUGAUCAAAUAUACGUGGUUCAGUUUUAACAUGUCGAUCUACGAAAUACAACCGGGGAAAAAGAAAUCUGUUAAGGUACAUUCGCCGGAUAGCUAAUGUUAACUAGCUGGUUUGAGCUAGUUGAGCACGAUGGUUAGCAUAUGCCGGUUAGUUAACACGUUAACAGGUUAAAUACAGAUUUAGUCACCUACAUAUUUACCACAGGUUUUAUUUAGGAUUAAAAAAUAUAAUGUACACGACUUAGCACUGUGGAAUAUUUAUUGUUAAGUUAGGUAACUGUGGUAAAAUAGCUAGUAACCGGCUACAGCUCAGUUUUCUCCAGUGAUGUGCAUAAAAACAAACUAGUGCUCAGGUUUAUUCCGUCAGUAGUCACAGAAAUAAACUAGCUAUUAAAUAUUAUUAAUAUUAAAUAUUAGAUAUUAAAUAAACUACCUAUUUUGAUUUGAAUGUAUUAUUCCAGCAUGUUAAAGCUAGCUUGCUUAUUUAUAAAAGUGCUGCAUCAGUGCAAAGUGAGUGGACAUGAAUGACAGCAGAGGUGCUUUUGUUACAUUACUGUGGUCAGCUUCCUCCUGUACUGAAUAAAUCAUUUAUUUGGGUAAAAGAAAGCUAGUUUAUACUCAAAACCAGGAAUGCCAGAUUGUUAUGUAGAUAUAUCUAUAAGUUAGGGGUCCACAAAAUGUUUCUAGACAUCUUUAUCUGUAAAUAAAUAAUAAUAAAUAAAUACAUAAAUAAAAUCACAGAACCCCAUAGUACGAUUUAUUUUAAACUUUUCUUAACUUUUCAGAGAUCCGGGUCAUUAUUUUGAAGCGUGCAAUGAUGUUUUCGGCUGUUUGUUCGAGCCAUAGAGCUUUGUAUUGCUGAACUUGCUUUGUUUUUGAGCUGUUGAGAUUUGGGUUAAGCCCACGAUUCACAUGCUCAGCUAAACAGGCUUCAUUCAUCUUCAGUAGGCUCUUUAUUCAGAGAAUAACCUUGACCAGGAACACUGGGUAUGAGAGAGAGGUCAAGCGAUCGUGGAUUUUACUGAUAACUAAGUUGGCCCGUACUUGCCGAUAACUGAUUAAUCAACCGAUUGUUUUUUAAAAACUGAUACCGAAUGAAAACAGGUAAAAACACACUCAAAGUCAAAUAUUGCUGAACUUUAUUACAAAAAGAAACCGUACUGGCUAUACCUUGAAAAUGUACCAUACUGUAUUAAAGUAAGUAAAAGAUAUACAGUCAAACCGAACCAAAAAGUAACACUCCGAAUAAAAAAUAAAAACAGAGUCCAAAACUGAAUUAAAAAAAACACUUCAAAUAAUGCAGUCAGCAAUGGGUUUUUUUUUCACCUCUAGAGGCCGCUCUCGUACUGUAUAAUAACAACAGCGGACCUUUCUAAGCCGCUUCCGCAACGGACACGACCAGGAAAAACUAUCCAUGUGGAUUUUUGUCAAUUUCUGGUUAUUAAUUGGUUAUCGGUGACGAUUAAUCAGUCGACCGCUAAUAUGAGAUGGGGAAAACACUCUGGAUUGGAUGCCAGGGCUUUAUUCAUAUACAUAUCGACACGUAGGGGAAUUUUCUAGUAGCCAAUCCAUGUACCGCAACGUUUUUGGGAGGCAAGAGGAAACCGGAGGAAACCCAUGCGGAUAUGGGAAAAUGAGGGAUUUGACAGACGGUAACCCAAGCUCAGGAUCGAACUGUGAGGCAGCAACACUACAUACUUAACCACCACGUCUGCCUAAUUACUACAGUAACUCCCGAAUAAAUACGAUACCGUUGAUAAUGUUGGCUUUUCUUUUUGCAGAGCUCUGUGGUUUUCCAUUUUGUGGCGCAACUAUAGUUUCCCAUCAGCUCUGGGUGUUGAGAAACAUUUCACUGGUGCUACGUUUUUUUUGUUUUUUUUCUUUCUCUUUUUCUCAUCAGGGACUCAGGAUGCUGCGAUUGCGGUGCAAGGCCAAGAACGGGACUCAUCUGAUGCAAGGCCUGACGCACCAGUCCUGUGUUCAGGAGCUGAAAGACAAGGUGGAAGAGCUGACCGGAAUCCCGUGCGGUGUGCAGAAGAUCAUGGUGGGCUACCCACCCUCAAGCUUGGAUCUCCGCAACGGACACGCACAUCUGAAAGACUACCCGAUAAAAUCAGAGUCAGGCGUCUCUACCGAUAGGCAGUUGCGAGGUACAUCAGGUAAGUGUCCUUUUCCUGUCUGUAUGUUCUCAUGGUUCCUGAAUUCUCUCCUAGGAGACACGCUGAUUGUAGAGGAGGAAAAGUACAAGUCUAAAGUGACCACACCGAAAACCCUGCUCCUGGACCACACGCCUGCGCUGGAGCGCCGCGCUGUUCCUGCAGACAACUCCUGUCUGUUCACCAGUGUUAAUUACGUGGUGGAGGGAGGUGUGUAUAACGCGGCAUGUGCGGCCGACAUGCGGCAGCUCAUCGGCCACAUUGUAGCCAGCGACCCCGCCGCGUACUCCGAGGCCGUGCUGGGGAAAAGCAACGAGGACUAUUGUGCUUGGAUCCGCCGCAGCGACACAUGGGGCGGCGCCAUCGAGCUGUCCAUCCUGUCCAAGUUCUACCAGUGCGAGAUCUGCGUGGUCGACACGCAGACCGUCCGUGUGGACCGCUUCGGUGAGGACGCCGGCUACGGCAAGCGCGUGCUGCUCAUCUACGACGGAAUCCACUACGACCCGCUGCAGAUGCUCGUGCCCGGGACAGACUGCCCUCCGCAGACUAUCUUCUCCACUUCCGACGACGUCAUCCUGGCGCAGGCGCUGGAGCUGGCCGACGAGGCGCGCCGCAAACGCCAGUAUACGGAUGUGAACCGCUUCACGUUGCGCUGCAUGACGUGUCAGAUUGGCCUGGUGGGACAGAAGGAGGCGAGGGAACACGCCAAGGAGACGGGACACACCAAUUUUGGCGAGGUUUAAAACGCGCAAAUGUCAAACGUGUUUGUUACCAUGACGCUACACGUUCUCAUGAUUUCACAGCCAUGUCUCAGUGCCGUUCUCUACCUCACGUUAUUCUCAUCCCCCUCCCUUUCAGUAUUGCAACUAUGGACGACACUGGGUAUUGACGUUCUCAAGUUUGAAGCGUUAAUUUGCUAUGUGUGUGUGUGUGUGUGUGUGUGUGUGUGCACAGUUACAGUAUUGUAAUAAUGUUUUUUUUUAUUUUUAUUUUUUAAACAUGUAUUAGUGGCAGAUGAAUCUGUUGCCUAAUCGACUGAGCCUCGAUUCAAACCAAAGCUUAAGGGUGCUUUCACAUAUGCAGCGUUUAUUCCGUUUAAAUUGAACCCUGCUGCGAUUUCCUCUUCGGGAAAACGCGGCGCUCGGGUGAGAACUGAACGAGGCAGACUCCCAGUCGAACUCUAGAUCCUGAGUCGGCUUUGAUACAGGAAGUGAACCGAGCAUGACGUGCGUUUUGGGAUACAGGUGACAGUUUCCUAUUCUGAUGUGAGCUGCUAAAAUGAGCUGCGAGGAGCAAACUGAGCCAAAGGACAGAGCUGUAAUGCUGCAAGUGAUGAAACGUGAUGCGUCGCGCAGAAUAUAAAGAGUAAACGCGAUGCACAAAAUGUCUAGUGAUGUAUCAAAGUGUUCUCCGUGAUUAUGGUUUUCACACACACUCGGCAUCAUCACAUUUCUUGCACGUUUUCUAUGGAAGCAUUAUUUUUUUCACUUGAGCUCUCGGGAGCGACAUCAUCAACUUCAUCCUCCUCCUCGGCCGAAAGGUCGAACUGUCGAUCCAAAUCUCGCUAGGCAAUGAGAGUAAAGUGCUGUUCAGAUCUGCCCACACGAGAGGUCUGCACCAGAAUGGCAGACGCAAAUUUCGAAAGCAUAAAAGCUAAAAUGCGUUCAUAAACCGCAAUUAGCGAAAAGGACACUUAGCAAACUGUUAGCAAAGAAUGCCGUUUAUUUGAAGACCAGGUUAAAUUUUUGACAGCGAGUUCGCUGUUUUUGUUACGUUCUUGAAAACAUAAGUUCGAUAUGUUUGGCAUGAAUUCAAUCCCGUAUACUGAUGCCCUCACUGUAACAUUUUUCGAAAUCAGAGUCAUGAUAUCGAUCUAAGUCUUUAAGAGGAUUUGCAUCUUGCGUUCACGUGCACAAUCUGCGUUCUGUCAGUCGACGUCGCAGGCAUUCACGGCCUUACAUCAGCAGGUCAGGGGCUCUGUUACACCGUUAAAGGAGAAAUCCACCCUGAACGAAGUGCUUGUUAAUCUUUAGAACUAACACACAAUCUUGUUAAUGAAAUCAUUACAUAAAGAUGUUGAUGAGGCGGCGCUUUAGUCCUUUAACCUGUCCAGCUCUGUCGCCUUCUCAUCUCCGUACACUCUGCUUGAACAGAUCGGCUUCCAAAGCUUCUACCGUCACGCUCGUCAUCUCGUAGAUCACCAAGUGGAGUCUGCGGCGUUCGACCUCCAGUUUAACUUCAUCGUUUAUCAUGGUCAGCAUUGCAUUCUGGGACUUUUUCCUACAGCACCAACCAACAAAUUAGCACUGGAAUCACUGAACACAUCUCGAACAUUUCAAUUUAAACCUAUUUAAUGUGUUUCAGGGUGAAGUUUUCCUUAAAGGUAGUCUAAUCUCGUGUUUUCAAUGUCACAGCGCUUUUUGGGAUUAGAAUCCGAUCCAGCGCUUCAUCGGAUCAGUACAUCCCUAAUGUUUUUCCAGAACGAUCGAUGGCACUACAUGGUCUUAAAUGCUCAGUGUCUGAUUAUUCAGUGUUACUUGAAGUGCUUGCAGAGGUGUACGACGGUGAACACCACAUCUGUAUUCGCUCUCAUCCGAGCUUCUCGUUUUGAAGUAUUUGUUCAACUUCAGCUGUAACGAGAGUUACAUGUAUGUUUGUAAAGAUAACGGUGCUGAUGGUGGACUCGGUUACACAUUAAAUUGCGUAGUAGUGUGCAUUUUCUGUUCACGGCGUAUGCAAAACAAAUUGGCUUUUUCUUUUUAGUGACUGCAGUGGCAGUGAGUUGUUUUUUGUUGUUGUGGGGGUUUUUUUCACCACUUAUCAGACUUUAUUGAAACACUGGGGAAAACGUCGCUCAAUAACUGAGUGUACUAAGUAGUACGAGUGGAGAAACUGUAUAUAGACUGUAUUCCAGUUAUGAAAACUCAAUAGAUUUACAGUCAGGUACUGUCCACACACUACAAAGCUUUCUAAGUGAAUUUUCAAUGGUAAUUUUUACAAGAAUUUGUUCCAGUGUGAGGCCAAAAAGAAAUCUGUUUAGCAUUAAACCUUUCCUUUUUGGGGGGGGGGCAAUGAUCUAGUCAAUCUUUCGUGUUGUUAAUAUAAGAUUAAAACUUCAUUACCGAGUGAGAUGCGAGUGGGUGAGAAACUGCAUGAUAAAGCGGUGAAACCAGAAAUAAAGGUUACAUUGUUCGACUGAAG